AUGUCGUCGCCGUCGCAUCUGCCCGAGGAGUGUGAUGUGUUAGUCGUAGGAGGAGGGAAUGCCGGAUUUGUCGCCGCCUUGUCUGCAUCCGACCACGGGGCUGGCAGAGUCGUCCUCAUCGACAAGUGUCCGGAGGCAUGGGCCGGCGGGAAUAGCUUCUUCACAGCUGGCGCCUUCCGCACCGUCCACGGAGGCUUGGAGGAUCUUCUCCCCCUGGUCAAUAACGUCCAGCCCGAGACAGCCUCGCUCAUUGAUCUCGAUCCGUACACCGCGGAGAACUUCCAUGGUGAUCUCAUGCGCGUCACUGCCGGCCGGGCUGACCCGGACCUGGCCCGGACCUUGGUCGAUGACUCGAACGAAGCCAUCAAGUGGCUCGCAGCAAAAGGGGUGCGCUUCCAGCUCUCGUUCAACCGACAGGCGUACAAGGUCGACGGCCGGUUCAAGUUCUGGGGCGGCAUGGCUCUCAAAACCCAGGAUGGGGGCAAAGGGCUCAUUGAAGACCAUCAGGAAGCAGCCGCAAAGCAGGGUAUCACUGUCUUGUAUUCUACUGCUGCGAGGAAGCUGGUCACGGAUCCGAGCACUGGUGCUGUUUGUGCUGUCGAAGUGGAGUCUCUCAGCGGAGUUCACACCAUCCGCUCAGGGGCUGUUAUACUCACAGCUGGAGGAUUCGAAGCGAACCCACGCAUGCGAUCGCAGUAUCUUGGGCCUGGGUGGGAUCUAGCGCUCGUGCGAGGCACACCCUUCAACACGGGUGACUGUCUCGAGAUGGCCAUGCGAGAUGCCUAUACCAAACAAGCAGGCAACUGGUCCGGCUGCCAUUCCGUGGCGUGGGAUGCGAAUGCACCGCCUAACAGCGGGGACAGGGAAAUUUCCAACGAGUUCACCAAGUCGGGCUAUCCUCUUGGCAUCAUGAUCAACAACCAGGGCGAGAGGUUUGUCGACGAAGGCAUUGACUUGCGCAAUUACACCUACGCCAAGUUUGGCAAGGCCAUCCUCGCACAGCCCGAUGGAGUGGCCUGGCAGAUAUGGGACUCCAAAGGAACACCGUGGUUGAGAGACGAGGAGUAUCGUGACGAGAUAGUCCGCAAGAUUUCUGCCGACACAAUCGAAGAGCUUGCCGACAAGCUGGUUGAGGAUGGUGUCACCUCUCGUCAAAAAGACGGCUGCAGUGAUAUCCCUGAGCGGGAGUGA